AUGUCCACCCCCGACCCACCUGCAUGGAAUGCACCCAAAGAUGUAGAGGAAUUCAGGCAGAUGUUUGAAGCCGGCCCUGCUGAACUAUUCAACAACAUCGCCGCCCUCGUCCAGCGUGUCCGCCUCCAAAGGGACACCCUUCAUACACAACUCACCGCCGCCAACGAAACCAUUGACAACCUCGAGGAGCAGAUAAACCGGCUCAACCUCGACCUCAAUGUCGCCCGCGCUGCUCCUGCCCCUACCGUCGCUGUCCCCGUUGCCCCCGCCCCUCCACCUGCUCCUGUCCCCGCCUUCAGGUCCGAAAAGUUUCCAGACCCUGAAAAAUUCGAUGGCACCCGUACCAAGCUCCCCGGAUUCACUACCCAACUUCGAAUGAAACUUGAAGUUAACCACGAUCGGUUCCGGAACGAGGCAGCAAAGGUUAUCUACGCCGUCAGCCGCUUGGAAGGAAGGGCCCUUGACCAAGUCGUCCCACUCGUUAACGCUAACCCUGCCGCCCCCUUCUCCUCUGUCACUGCCUUCGUCGCCCAUUUGGAAGCCUCCUUUGGGGACCCAGACCCCCGGGGUACCGCCCGUCGCCAACUCGUUGCCCUGAAGCAAGGCAAAGGGGACUUCGCUACCUAUUAUUCGCAGUUCCUCCGCAUCGUGGCAUACCUGGACUACAACGAGGGAGCCAAGAUCGAUGCCCUGGCCGAAGGACUGUCGGAAGACCUGAAGGAUGCUAUGACAUACCGGACAGACAGGCCUAACACCGUCGAAGCCUAUGCCACCAUGUUGAUGACAAUCGACAACCAGGUUCGGGGCCGCAAAGCUGAACAACGGGCCAUUCGGAAUACAAUGGGACAAUUCACCGCCCCCGCUGCUGCCGCACACCCAUCUCAUACCGCCGGAGGCCUCGCCCCAAUGGACCUCUCCGCUCUCCAAAGCCGCCCCACUCAACGUCCUGCCAUCGAACAACGAUAUACUUUUGUCAACGGGCAACGCAAAACCUCCGCCGCUGAAAAACAAUGGCGAAGGGACAACAAUCUCUGUAUGUACUGUGCCAACCCCGGUCAUGUCUUUGCCAACUGCCCCUCUGCCAAUCGCCCGCGCGGUAACCAACCGGUUAUGAGAGGCGCCCUCCUCGCACCCAGCCAUACGGCCGUCGACCCCGCUGCUCCACCGGUCGCUAUCCCGGGCUUGAUCAAUGGCCCCUGCCCGGGACCUUCCAAUGUCUCUCCUUUGUCUGCGUUUUCUAUCUCUGGCUUCUCGGUAUCGUCUGUGGAGGAUAAGUUGGAUGGGGAUCAUUUUGUUGCUUCUUGUAAAAUUAUAAACAAUAAAACAUCCAUUCAAACCCACGCAUUGAUCGAUACCGGUUGCUCCGGAUUCGCAUUCAUUGAUGAAACAUUUGCGCGCCAUAACAACUUCCCACUUCUCCCCCUUAAAUCACCCCGUACUCUUGAAGUCAUCGACGGUCGGCCCAUAUCUUCCGGACAAAUUACCCACCUCUGCUAUCUGCCGCUGUCCAUUGACUCCCACCAUGAAACUACCCCUUUCUUCGUCACCAAACUUGGCUCGUAUCCACUCGUCCUCGGAAUCCCCUGGCUUCAAUUGCACGAUGCAACAUUACGGUUUAAGGACAACAGCAUACUGUUCGACUCCGAAUACUGCAAACGCAAGUGCAACUCUUCCCCGAUACCCGUUCCCAUUAGAGGGGUCGCACCACCGCCCCGUUUUCACCUCGUCAGUUCAGCUGCUCUUUGUCGCUUUGCUCGAAGAGACAAACUCCAAAUCUUUAGUACAACUAUUGAAGAAAUAGAUCAAGCAACGGGCGUGGCCCCUAAGCAAGACUGGAGGAACCGGGUCCCAACCCGGUAUAAGAGAUUUUAUAAAAUGAUGGACGAAGAAUUCGCUAACGGGAUGCCGCCUCGCCGCCCCUAUGAUCAUAAGAUACCGCUCAAGGAAGGGAAAGAGCCCCCUUUUGGGCCACUUUAUGGUAUGUCCCGCGAGGAACUCAUCGUGCUGAAACAAUACAUACAGGACAACCUUCAAAAGGGGUUCAUUCAGGCCAGCUCUUCGCCUGCCGGUGCCCCUGUCCUAUUUGUUAAGAAGGCCGAUGGAACACUCCGCCUUUGUGUCGACUAUCGUGGCCUCAACGAACUUACUGUCAAAAACCGCUACCCGCUACCACUCAUCCGGGAAACUCUCGAUCGCCUUUCCAAAGCCAAGUGGUACACCAAGCUUGAUCUUCGCCAAGGGUACAAUCAGAUUCGAAUGGCUGAGGGUGAGGAAUGGAAAACAGCCUUCCGAACGCGUUACGGACAUUUCGAAUACACCGUAAUGCCCUUCGGCCUUACCAAUGCACCAGCCACCUUCCAACAUUUUAUUAAUGAUUGCGUCCGUGAUUACCUGGACAUGUUCUGCACAGCCUACCUUGACGAUAUCCUUAUUUACAGCGACACCUUCGAGGAACAUCAAGUACACGUCGAAAAAGUACUGGAAGCCCUACAAAAAAAUGGAAUACUGCUGAAACCGGAGAAAUGCGAAUUUCACACACAAAGCACCACCUAUCUCGGCCUGAUUAUAGAACCCAAUGGUAUUAAAAUGGACCCAAGGAAAGUGGAAACAGUGAAGAAUUGGACCGUCCCGAAAACAGUUAAGGAUGUACAAGCAUUCCUGGGUUUCGCUAACUUUUACCGCCGAUUUAUACGCGGAUUCUCGGAACUGGCUUCUCCUCUUACCAGACUGACACGUAAGGACACAUUAUUUGGAUGGACACGCGAAGCCCAAACCGCCUUCAAUGCCCUGAAAGAAGCCUUUACCACGGCGCCCGUUCUCACUCAUUUCGACCCGGAAAAGGAAAUUACUGUGGAAACCGACGCAUCUGACUAUGUCUCCGCCGGUGUACUCUCCCAAUACGAUGACAAUGGUAUCCUCCGACCUGUUGCGUACUUCUCGAAAAAACACUCCCCCGCCGAAUGCAACUACGAGAUUUACGACAAGGAAUUACUGGCAAUCAUUCGGUCUUUUGAAGAGUGGCGACCGGAACUUGAAGGGGCUGCACACCCAAUCGCCGUCAUAUCCGAUCAUAAGAACCUCGAAUACUUUAUGAGUACUAAACAACUCAACCGGAGACAAGCACGGUGGGCAGAAUACCUGUCACGAUUUAAUUUUGUUAUCAAAUACCGACCAGGGAAACAAGGAGGGAAACCGGACGCGUUGACAAGAAGAUCAGGAGAUCUCCCUGGAGAGGGGGAUGAAAGACAAUUGCAUCAGAGUCAAGUUGUGUUGAAGAAGGAGAAUCUUGAUGCAAAGCUAAGUUUGUUGGCGGGUUCUUUCUCAAAGGAGCCCGCUGAAAAGAACGCCUCACUGCAGGAAUUAUUUGAUGAAGGAUAUAGCGCUGACCCGUUUCCCCAAAAAAUACUGGAUAUGCGGGAUAAAGGCGAUCGACAAUCAAAAGACAUAUCACUCGCCGAAUGCACCGAGGUCGAAGGCCGAUUGCUUUACCGAGGCAGUAUAUAUGUCCCUGAUUACGACCCCCUUAAGCUUCGAAUCCUCCAACUUUACCAUGACGCUGCCUCUGCGGGACACCCGGGACGUGAAAAAACAUUCGAACUCGUCAGUCGGGACUACUACUGGCCCCUCAUGCGAAAUUACAUUGCCCGCUACGUUCGGAACUGUCACACCUGUCAACGAAGUAAACCCAACACCCAUGGAAAACUCGGCGUACUUCGACCUUUACCGAUUCCCGAACAACCAUGGCGGGAGGUAUCGAUGGACUUCGUUACGGGCCUACCGGAAAGUGAAGGGUACGAUGCAAUUAUGGUAGUGGUUGACCGGCUAACAAAGAUGCGACAUCUCCUGCCCUGCAAUACUACUGUCAACUCCGAAGACGUCGCCCGACUAUACCUGCGAAACAUAUGGAAGCUCCACGGGCUACCCACACACGUCACCUCCGACCGCGGUACGCAAUUUACAGCUAAGUUUUGGAAGGCUCUUUGUAAACACCUCAACAUCGAAGCAAGGAUGUCUACCGCCUUCCACCCAGAGACCGACGGCCAAACCGAAAGGCUGAAUGCUGUAAUGGAGCAAUAUCUACGUGGGUAUGUCUCUUAUCAACAGGACGAUUGGGUAAAAUGGCUUCCUAUGGCAGAAUUCUCCGCCAACAAUCAGGUCUCCGCAUCCACCAAAGCUACACCAUUCUUCGCGAACUAUGGGUUCCACCCCCGGUUUACAGUGACGAUCAAAUCGUUGGACAAGACCCCACCGAGUCUUAACGCUAAGGACUUCGCCUCGAAGAUGAAAGAACUCCACGAGCACCUACGUUCCAAUAUCCGUACAGCGCAGGAUCAACAAGAGCAGGCCGUCAAUACUAAACGAACGCCGGCCCCACAGUACGAUGUCGGUGAUAUGGUGUUUGUUUCAGCAAAAAACAUCCGAACCACGCGUAACUCCCGGAAACUGGACUGGAAGAAACUGGGACCGUUCCCCGUUAAGGAAAUUAUAUCGCCAUAUGCGUAUCGAGUCGACCUGCCUAGAAGUAUGAAGAUGCACCCCGUCUUCCAUGUGUCGUUGCUGGACCCCGCUGCGAAUGAUCCUGUCCCAGGGCAAAUUCAACCACCACCCCCGCCCAUUAUCGUCGAACAAGAGGAGGAGUAUGCAGUUGAGGAAAUCUUGGACUCGCGAGAAUUACGAAACACUGGCCUACAAUACUUUGUUAAGUGGACGGGCUAUACCGACCCUACCUGGGAACCCCCCGCAUACCACGAUAAUACCGCCGCCGUUGAUAGCUUCCAUAUACGCUACCCCGACAAACCUGGACCAUUGGAAGGAAAGAUUAAGGUUAAGGCUCGCAGGAGCUCGCGCUUGAAGGGAGGGGCUACUUUCAUGGAUCGAUCAGUGGAGUACCCAUAUCGUGGAGCUCCCACACCGUCCCCUGCUACGCUCUUCGUGCCCUGCGGAAUACUCGCUACUCACUCCCUUGAGACAGGAGCAGACCAUAUCGUCCGCACCCUCUCACCAAUAUACCAUGAAGCGGCACGCGUAAUCACUGGCCUCCCACGAUGGACGAAACUAGAACGACUGCUGAAGGAAGUCGCCCUCCCACCCCUGGAGCACCUCCUCACCUAUAGAUCUCGGAAAUACGGUACCCGGAUCCUAUGCACGGAAGCUGUCCACCCCAAUAAUGAAACACUCAUCAGCCUACUACCACCGAAGGAAUCCAACAUACAAGCAACCGGCCUACACCGAAUCGCUUCCCUCAUGCUCCCCUUCCAGGAACCGGGAGGAUCGAAGGAAAGAUGGAUACAAACCGACCUACUCAGGAAACGAAUGUUGGAAGAAUGGAACUCACGUCCAACCCCAAACUACCAUCACCCAGGAAAUCUAAAACCCCACAACAAACUCGCCAAACUCCCAAUCUCCAAAGCAAGGCAACUCUUCCGAAUAAGAUGUCAGACAACACGCCUGGACAAACACGCCUUCCACACCGACCACGAACCCUGCCAAUGCGGGGUGGAACAGUCUUCCAAACACACCAUCAUGGACUGCCCCAGAUGGGCACAACUCAGACGACCCCUCAUCGAGAAAAUCCCCGGACCUCAGACCUGGGAAAACUGGAUGUUCACCAACCUUAGAGAAGACCUGAUCUUCGAAUUCGCUAAAGAAACACAACUCUUGAAAUGGUACGAGAAAGACGAGGACGGGGAGGAGACGGAUGCCUGA